UCGCAAAACUGCACCAAAUUGACUAAAAUAGCAGUUUUACUUUGUGAAUUAUGAAACCUCAAUGUGUUUAGUGAAUUGUUUGUCUUUAAUCUCCGGUGUAGUAAAGUUGAAAAUUUGCUCGUGAAAAAAUAUCUAACGACAGGGUUCGCAUUAAUGAUUAAUAAAAGUGUGGCGCGGAGUAGGGCGUGUAAAGGACGCAGGCGUCGGUGUUCCAGCGUCUGUUCUGUGUGAGUCAGGCGUCGUCGUAGAUGUCGUAACCACAAAAUAGCAUAAUGUCCGGUGUUAAAAAUCGCGAUGUGAUGUCUUAGUGGUCGCCAAAAUGCGGAGCAGCAGCUCGGAACUGCUCCUAGAUCAGCAAGAGGAGCUCCGUAAACGCAAAAUAAAAGAACUAGCGGCGGCGAAAAAGGCUAAUAAGCAGGUCGGAGGUCGAUCAUGUCGCGAGCAGGCCCUUUUCUACUCCACCAGCCUCUUGGCGGUGGUGGCCAUGUCGGCGGGCUCGUCCCUCCUGUUCCUAGUGCCGCUGUACGUCGACCCCGCCAUCUCCACCUUAGCCUCCAACUUCGUCACCGAGCCGGUGACCUGCGUGACCACCCGACGCGAGGACCUCACCGGGUUGGCCAACUGCUCCUGGAGCUCCUGCCGCGAGGGCUGCACCAGUGACGCAUAUCACUGCACCCAUAUCUACGUCAGCUACAACGACUCGGAGGCACACAACCAGACCGACGACGCGGUCCUCCUCGUCAACAUCAAGGGCUGCGGGUAUCCCCCCACGGUCCUCUGCGUCAACUUCACGGAGGCCUACGGCGCCGAAGGGACUGUUUUCCCGUGCUACCACUCGCGCGAGAACCGCACCGUCGUCCUCACGCACUACGAAAGGGAUGAACAGGUGGCCAUCAUCAUCCAUUAUUUUGCAGUGCCCUUUGUGAUCACGCUGGCCACUUCAGUGGCACUCUGUGUUAUGCAUUGCGACUGCCGGUGUCACCCUACGACUCACCACAAAAGGGCCCGACGACCACGAAUACACGACUUGAGCGACGGCUCCAUUAGCAUAGGAGUUGACUUGAGACAUAACACCAGCUAUCACUCAGACCUGGUGGCAUUUAGGCCUACGUAAUUUUUUACCCAAAAGAAGGGAGAGUCGACAAUAUCACAUUUCUUGUCCUUGAAAUAUGAUAACCUGAUUACGUAGAAGAUGGUUUACAGGACAAAAGGAAAAUAAAAACCAUUUAAUUCGUCGCGACGUUUCGAUACUUUUAUUGUAUCUUCUUCAGGCGAAGAAUUUUUCUUGGUUGAGCGUGGGAAGCAUGGCACAGUCAACAGUUCUUUUUUUUUCCUUUUGUCAUCUACAUAAUCAGGUUUUGUAUUUUCUUCAUUCAAUGAUAUAUUGACUACACUCCCCUACUAUUUUUGCGUUUUACCAUUCAUCAACCAUUAAUCAAAAAUGUACGGGCUAUCGAAUGUUUCUUCACAUCGAUCAGUUACCACAAAUCAGCCUAACAUGCAAAAUUAUAUAAACAUCGUUUGUGUUAGACUAUGCUUUCAAUACACUCCUUUUAUUAUAAUCAACUGUACAAUUUAAUUACAACUAUUUUUAUAAAAAAACACAGAUACCUACAAUAAGUACCUUACUAUAAUUUUUUGAAGUGUGUGAAUUUUGUUAUCAAGAAAUGUAUUAGAUGCUACCUACAGGUUUGAAGUUAAUUUUGUAUUAAAUUUUAUAUUAAAGUAUAUUUAUUAAUAACGAA